AUUCGAUUUAUGUAACAAAGCAAGCCGGAGCUUCUAUUCCGACCCACUGCCCGAGCGGGCGCAAGUAGUGCCACAAGCGGAUAUGUUCCACAUUCUCCAUGUUGGUGUUUGCAUCACUUGAUUGACUACAAGACUGAUUGGUCAAUUGGACAACACACCAUACAUCCUGUUCUCGUUUUCUCGAAAUUUCUACCCAGCUUCAAGCCACUGCCAUGUUUUCUAAAUCCCUAACUCGUUUGUCCAAUUCUUCUCGAAGAAUCGUGACGUCACGUUCGCGUUUUGUCUUCAGCUUGCCUAUUUCAGCCUCUACACCUCUACCUACUUUGCUCUCCAAAUCGUAUUCUCUCUCUUACUCAAAUUCAACUACAGUUCUACAAAAAACCAGAAAGAACUCCUUCUCAACAUCAUCAACCAUGUCUCAAUCAAACGAAAAGUUCCUCUUGAGCAAUGUUUUCAGCGUCAAGGAUAAAGUGAAUACACCCAGUACAAUACAGUACUUGACUCAAAACUAAUGAAAUUCAGGUUGCUUUGGUUACUGGAGGCGGAAGUGGAAUUGGUCUAAUGGCAACCCAAGCCUUAGCCGUCAACGGAGCAAAGGUCUACAUCGUGGGCCGAACCGAGGAAAAACUCGAGACGGUAGUGAAAACAUAUGGCCAAAAUAUCUCAGGCUCCAUAAUCCCCAUCGUCGCCGACAUCUCAAAGAAAGAAGAGAUCUCCCGUCUAGUCAAGGAGAUUGAAUCCAGAGAGAAGUGUCUCUGUAUUCUGAUCAACAACGCUGGGAUCGCAGGAAACAAACAAUCCCCGAAUGCAAAGACGGCAGAAGAGAUGAAGAAAAACUUGUUUAAUGACGAGGGCUCGACUUUUGAUGAUUGGACUAAUACUUACCGAACGAAUGUUCCGCAAUUAUUCUUCAUGACUACUGCGUUUUUGCCAUUGCUGAACAAGGCGAGUGAGAUGCAACAUGGAUAUUCCGCUACUGUCAUCAAUAUCUCAUCUAUCUCUGGCAUUGUCCAGAGUGCACAGAAUCAUUUCGGCUAUAAUGCGAGCAAAGCCGCGGCAAUCCAUUUGACCAAGAUGCUGGCUUCCGAGAUUGCGGAGAACGAUAUCAAGAUUCGAAUCAAUAGUAUUGCACCGGGAGUGUUACCCAGUGAGAUGACGGCUGGUGAGAGCGGAGAGGAUCAGAAGAGUCAUAUCGAGAAGGGGAAGUAUGAGAAGGUUCCAGCACACAGACCUGGAAAGGAUGAGGAUAUGGCGGGUGCUGUGUUGUUUGUGGCUACGAAUCAGUAUCUGAAUGGUCAGACUGUGGCUGUGGAUGGUGGUUGUAUUCUUCAUGCUGGCGCAUAG